CACUGCGCGGCCCCAUUCAUUCAUUUUUCUUUCUUUUCAUUCUGUUUGAACUGGGUAUGGCGGGAUUUCGGUUUCUUUCUUCCUUUACUUUCCCCUUUCCACUUAGGUAUUUAUUGAAUACAAUAAAUCAGUAUAAUUAAUCAAAAUGUUCCUUGAAUAUUUAACUAAGUUUCAUAUAGAAGACUGUUUGAAAAUACUCUCGGAAAAAGAUAAUCUUGGUUACUACAGCAUAAACAUAGACUUUUUGAAAUUAUUCGAAACUUUCCCAGAUGUGGGCGACAAAGUUUUGUGUAAUCCCGUGGAAUGUUUGCCCAUUUGCAGCCAAGAUAUAAUUAAAGCUCAACAGAACAUAUUGGAGCAGGAAGAGUACCAUAGUUUAUUAGAUAAACUAGAAUAUACAUUUUUAAAAAGAAAUGUACAUGCCAGAUUCUUUGGCCUACCAGUCUGCCCUGAGCUUCAUAGAACCGUGUUUCCAAAGAAUGUGGACUUGGGUUGUUUUCUCAAAGUCACAGGUACUGUAGUGAGAGUAACACAAUUGAAAAUGCUGGAGUACCAGCGGAAGUAUAUCUGCAUGAAAUGUAGAUUUGAGAAUGUGAUAAUAGCAGACUUUGAACACAGGUACAUACUGAGAGCCCCUUCGAAGUGUGGUAAUACUGAGAUGCGAUGUAAAAGCACAAACUUCAAUCAAGUACACAUGGUGUCUAGGGAAUAUUGUAAGGAUUACCAGGAAAUUAAAAUUCAGGAACAAGUUAAUAAACUGAGCAUUGCGACCAUACCAGGUUCUUUAUGGGUUGUGCUUGAAGAUGAUCUUGUAGAUUGUUGUAAACCUGGUGAUGAUGUUAAUAUUUGUGGCACAGUGCGUCGGCGUUGGCGUCCAACAGUCCAAAACAAGAAGGUCGAAGUGGAUCUGGUGCUACAAGCGAAUCACAUAGAAGUGUGCAACUCUCAGAGGUCAGAUGUUGUAACCGCUGCCCCGGAUGUGAAGGAGUGCUUCAAUGAAUUUUGGUCUCAGUAUCAAGCCUGCCCUUUGAAGGGCAGAGAUCAGAUUUUAUGUUCGGUUUGUCCCCAGGUAUAUGGGCUACAUUUGGUGAAGUUAGCAGUCCUUCUAACUGUGAUCACCGGGUCUAAUCACAUUGUUGAAAGAGAAGCGGAGAAGAAACAUUCUGAAGAUAGACAUGCCACCAGGGUGCGUGGCCAGUGUCACUUGCUAUUGGUGGGAGAUCCAGGCACGGGCAAGUCCGAGCUGCUGCGAGCGGGCGCCGAGCUGCCGGCGCGCGCCGUGCGCACGACCGGCUGCGGCAGCUCCCGCGCGGGGCUCACCUGUGCUGCGCUCAGGGAAGACGGCGAGUGGCAAUUAGAGGCCGGUGCGCUAGUUUUAUCAGAUGGUGGCGUGUGUUGUAUCGACGAGAUCUCCCAACUCAGAGAACACGAUCGCACCGCUAUACAUGAGGCUAUGGAACAACAGACUAUAUCUAUAGCUAAGGCGGGUAUAGUGUGCAAGCUGAACACUCGUUGUGCGGUGAUCGCGGCCUGCAACCCCAAGGGCCGAUACGAGACUGACCAGCCGCUCAGCGUCAAUGUGUCGCUGGGGACUCCGCUGCUCAGUAGGUUUGAUUUAAUUUUCAUAUUGCUGGACUCUAAAAACAAAACUUGGGACAAACUGGUGUCGUCUUACAUCUUAUUUGGAGGAUCUAAUGCGACAGACAAGAAAAGGUGGAGUCUAGAAAAAUUACAGAUGUACAUAAGCCUAGUAGGGCCAAGAUGUGUGGAAAUGACAAAAUCAGCAAACACAAUAUUGCAAUCAUAUUACAUGAUGCAAAGGAAGUCGGAACACAGAGAUCCUUCUAGAACUACUGUGAGGAUGUUGGAUAGCCUUGUGAGAUUAUCACACGCCCACUGUCGCUUAAUGUAUCGCACAACAAUACUACCCGUUGACGCAGUGGUAGCUGUCUCUCUGGUGGACCUCUCCAUGCAGGACUGCACUCUAGACGACACUGUCGACGCCCUGCACUCCACAUUCCAAAAGUACCCCGACAUGGAAUAUCUAUGUACAGCCAAAAAAUUACUAUCCAAAUUAAACCUCCAAGAAAUAUGGAGAAAUGAACUAUUAUACUACGCUAAGUUAUUGCAAGUCGAUCAUAAAACGCUCGAAACUUCUAUAGAUUCGGGAAAUUGCCAUUUAUUUGCGAAAUACGAUGAUGUCGCCGAUGAAAAUACUCCGCUUUCGUCUUCAAUUGUCACAAGCUCAUAUUUUAAAGUAAUUAAAACAAGAGAUGAUGACAAUUUUGAAGAUAAAGAAAACGAAGACAAUAAAAAGCAAUUUCAAGAUAUGAAUGUCAACGAAAAGCUAGCGGCGACAUUGAAAAAACAUGCUGCAUUGAAUAAAAGUGAAAAGAAACCGCCGACAGUCCAAAAGAAAACACGUAAAAGAAAAGAAGUGACAGUAAAUGUUAAAAGAACAAGUAAUAUAAAUGCUAAAAAGGCUAAGAGAGUAGAUAAUAGUAUAGAAAGUGAUGUUUCUGAUAGUGAUGAAGUGUUUGAUGAUUCAAAUGUAAUAUUGAAUGCUGUACCAAGUGUAAAUGAUGUAUUUAAGAAUUUAGGUAUAGAAUUAAAUUUUGAUGAUGAGGAUACAGAAAAUCGUGGUUGUAUAGAAGAAUCAAGGAAGGUGAUAUCUAGUGAUAAUAAAAAUAAUAAACAUAAAGUGGAGUUGAAUUCAAAUGAAUUAAGGGACAGUAAAGCAGAAGAACUAACACAUGACCAAAAAGAACUUAAAACAUCUAAUACAUUAAGUAAAUUAAAACAAUUUAAAUUUGUUGAAAAACAUGAUCUUAGUAAAUUUGAGGAGAAAUCUGAUAUAUUUCAUAAUAAAACCGUAGUCAAAUUAGAGAAGAAUGAAGAAAGUAUUUCCAUUGAUUCUUUGAAACAAAAACCAUCAGUAUCAAGUUCACAAAUAUCUAUGUUUGAAAGUUCUGAUUGUGAUAUAGACAUAGAUCUAUAAUUCAAAUAUUAUUUUCUCAUAGUCUAUGGUAAUAAGGUAUGAACUUAAAAUUAUGAGAACAAGUUGAAGCAUGGUGCAAAAAAGGCAUUGUGAGUGAAGUUAUAAUUUCUUCUAUCAUGUUAUAUACAAAAGUUUUGUUUUUAAUAAAACUUCAUAAAAUAAAA